CUUCCUGCUUUCAAAUGAACGGCUCUCUUCAUGGAAAACCUAACGCUUCGAUGUUCCUCCAUUUCCGUCGCCCAAAAACCCUUCUCUGCCAUCCAAAGCCCAUAAAUUCUAUCUCUGUCCCUCCUCUCCUCAUCUCAAAACCCUUUCUCUCCCCUUCACGUACGGCCGUAAACGACUUUUCCUCCUCCAUCCGACCCUUCGAAAUCUCCACUUCCAAUAGAAUCCCCAUCGUCGGUCUCUUCCGAACCCUAACAUCCUUCUCCAACUCCCCACAGCUCGCUCUCGAUCCCCCCUUAGUUGCUUCGUCAUCUUCUAGGGUUUUUCAACUUGAGAAAUGUCUUGCAUUGGCGGCAAAAGGGCGGUUGAAGGAAUUGCGGCGUGUUUUGAAGCAGAUUCUCAACGAAGAAGGAUCUAGUUCGGCCCCUUAUCUCUGUGAAAUAUUAUGGAAUAAUUUUAGAGAAAGGGAGUCUAGCAGUCUGGUAUGGGACAUGUUGGCGAACGUAUAUUCCAGAUCUGAAAUGGUCCAUGAUGCUCUUUAUGUUCUUGGUAAGAUGAAUGAUCUGAACCUUCGACCUUCCAUAUCAACUUACAACAGGCUGAUGUACAACUUGAGGUAUAUGGACAUGAUGUUGAAUUUGUAUGGCGAGAUUGUAGCGAGCAGGACUUCUCCUGAUGUGUACACAUAUAGCAUCCUUAUCGAUGGCCUGUGCAAGCAGCACAGAUUGCAAGAUGCAGUAGCAUCUUUUCAAGGGAUGAAAGGAAAAAUCUUUCAAAAAAAAAAGAAAAAAGGGAUGAAAGGAAAAGGAGUUAGGCCUUGCAUUGUCAUUUUCAAUACUCUCAUGUCGGGCUUCUGCAAUAUGGGGUUUGUCAAUGUCGCUAUGUCAUUGCUCUCUAUGAUCCUUAAGUACGGGUUGUUUCCUGAUAGCUACAGUUACAACACUCUUAUUCAUGGACUCUGUCUAGCUGGUUCUGUUGAGGGAGCUCUGGAGUUCUGUGAGGACAUGGAGAGGAAUGGUGUUGCCCCUGAUGUGGUCACAUAUAACAUCAUACUCAAUGGUUUUUGCAUUUCGGGGAUGAUGUCCGAGGCUUGGAAGGUCAUUCGGGGGAUGUUAUUAAAAGGGUUGCGCCCAGAUCUUAUUACAUAUACAAUACUGAUUGGUGGGCAUUGUCAGAGAGGUAAUAUCGAGGAGGGAAUGCAGAUACGGGCGGAAAUGCUUUCACAGGGCUACCAGUUGAAUAUCAUAACAUACAGUGUGCUGAUGAGCAGUCUGUGCAAAAGAGGACAAGUUGAUGAAGCAAUGCAACUGUUCGAUGAAAUGGAAGCUAUGGGCUUGGAUCCAGAUCUUGUAGCGUAUUGCAUCCUCAUUCAUGGCUACUGCAAGAAAGGAGAAAUAGAGAAGGCAAUUCAUGUUUGCAAGGCUAUGUGCUCGAAGAAAAUAAUGACCAAUUUAUUUGCACAUAGUGCGAUUCUUUUGGGUCUGUGCAAGAAAGGGAUGGUAUGGAAAGCAAGGGAAUGUCUGGAUAACCUGACCAAUGGUGGUUUUGUUGUGGACAUUGUUUUGUAUAACAUACUGAUUAAUGGAUAUGUGAAGAUGGGUGAUGUUCGUGGGGCCUUUGGAUUAUAUGAACGGCUUAUAAAAGCCGGAGUGACCCCAAGUAUUGUUACUUUUAACUCCCUUAUUUAUGGGUUAUGCAAGAGUAAGAAACUAGCUGAGGCAAAAGACUUGCUGCGAACUCUUGUGAUUCACGGUUUGGUCCCUAACACGGUUACUUAUACUACAUUAAUGGAUGCUUAUUGCAGAGAGGGAGACAUUGACGCGAUGGUACGAUUGCUUGAUGAAAUGGAGAUGAAAGCCAUCUCACCAAAUGUCGUUACUUACAGCAUUGUUAUAAAAGGGCUUUGUAAACAUGGGAUGCUACAAAAAUCCGUCAAAGUUCUCGAGGAUAUGUAUACGAAGGGUAUCAUUCCAGAUCAGAUUGCAUAUAAUACUCUCAUCCAGGGUUUUUGUGAAGAACAGAACAUGGGAAUGGCUUUUUCUUUACACGAUGAAAUGUUACAACACAAUCUUGAGCCCAGUCCUGUUACGUAUAACAUGCUCAUUAAUGGCCUUUGCCUGAAUGGCAACCUAAAAGGCGCAGAGAGAUUUCUGGAUCUUCUCCUGGAGAAGGGUAUUACAUUGACAAAAAUUGCUUACAACACGCUAAUCAAGGCACAAUGUGCAAAGGGUGAUGUAAGAAAAGCGGUUGUACUCUUUGAUAAAAUGGCAAAGAUGGGUUUUGAAAUGUCAAUCGGAGACUUCAGUGCGGUAAUUAAUAGAUUGUGCAAAAGAAGUCUAGUAAAUGAUGCAAAGAUUUUCUUCAAUAUGAUGCUACAGGCUGGCAUUUCUCCAGAUCAGGAAAUUUAUUCUGUGAUGCUUGUUGCUUUCAACAGAGGAGGCAAUCUCAGUUCAGUGUCUGAACUGCAUGCUAAGAUGAUAAAAAAUGGUUUAUUUCCCAGUUAGGUGGACUUACAAUGCCCAUGGGUCAUGACUCAUUUUGAGGAAGUUGAUGGUGGGUAUAUGUUUUGGUCAACCCAAGGCAAAACGGAGGCCAAAUGCUUUUGGAGCUGUGGAGUGAACACAUCAAUUUCAUCAUUGU